AUGCAUCAUUCUCGUCAGUCGAUUGACGUUCCACUCGUUGUUGAUGAUGACAACGAUGAAGAUCUAUCGAAUCAUCAUUAUAUUCCAUCAACUACCGGCGAUUAUUCAUCAUUGAUUGUUGAUUCGCCACCAGAUACAAUAGGUCAUCGAAAUAUUUAUCCUGAUCGAUCACCAUCACCUACAUCCUCAAAUAUUCAAACAUCUCAAACAUCAACAUCUCUUCGUCCUACUCAUAGACGUUUUUCAUAUAGUACUUCCCUAUCCGAUUCAAUUGGAUCUGUUAAUAAUCUUCAUCGUGAACGUGUACGUUUUAAUACAUGGCCACGUCAUCGAAAAGAAAAACGUGAUAUAUUUGCUGAAUAUGAUAAACGUUUAGCUAAAUCAGUUAUACAAGAACUUGGUAUUGGUAUAAAUAAAACUUAUCGUAAUCCAUGGGGUAAUCUUUCUUAUGCUCAAUUGAUUACACGUGCUAUUGAUAGUAGUCCAUGGAAACGUUUAACAUUAAAUGAAGUAUAUGAAUGGAUUAUUAAAUUUGUACCAUAUUUUAAAGAUAAAGUUGAUGCAAAAACAAGUUGGGGAUGGAAAAAUUCAAUUCGACAUAAUUUAUCAUUACACAAUCAAUUUAUACGUGUACCUGUUAUAUCAUCAUUAUCAAAAGGUCCAGUUAAAUAUGUUUGGACAAUAAAUCCAUCAUUUAAAAAUAAUUCACCCUAUAAAAAAUAUAGUUUAAAAAGAAAACGAGCCGCUGCUGCUGCAGCAGCAGCUGCAGCUGUAGCUGUUUCAAAUAUGAAUUCAUCAUCAUCAUCAACAUUAUCACAAAAUUCUGAACAAACUCUAGAAUCAAAUUCAUCUCCAUCAACAUCAUCCAAUAAUUAUCAUCGUCAUUCAACAAUACCUGUUACAAAACCACCUCGUUUAUUAAAUGAACAUUUACAUAGUAAUACUUCAUCAUCAUCAUCAUCAUCAUCAUCAUCAACAUUAAAUCAAUUAUCAGUUGCUGCAGCUAUGAUGUCGGCUGGUGUUACUGAUCCGGCAACAUAUCGAGCAUUUUUAAAUUCUCAAGCAGCAACAGCAGCUAUGAUGAAUAAACAAAAACAAUCAAAUAUAUCAACACAACAAUCAACAUCUAUAUCACAUCGACAUAAUACAAUAUCAUAUACACAUGAACCAGGACUUCCUAUUCCUAAAAAAGUUGCACUUAGUACAGAUCGUUAUAAACAACAACAACAACAGCAACAACAACAACAACAGCAACAGCAACAACAACAACAGCAGCAACAUGCUGAAUGGCUUUUAUCUUCAUAUAGACAACAAUCCCAACCAUAUAAUACUAAUCAACAUCAUCAUUCAUCAAAUUCAAAUAAAAUUAUGAUUAAUCAACAACGUUCACAAUAUUUACCAUCAGUACCACCAUCAAUAAAUGCACGUAUUAAUUCUGAAAUAAAUAAUUUACCACCAUCAUCAUUACAAAGACGUGGUAGUUCACCACCAACAUUUUCUUCAACAGCAGCACAAAAUAAAUUAUUAGCUCAAACAAAAUUUUGGCAUGCUGCUGUACAAGCUGCUGCUCAAGUUCAACAACAAUAUCAACAUCAACAUCAACAUCAACAUCAACAUCAACAUCAACAACAAACAUCAAAUAAUUCUAUAAAUGAACUUCAAAAUUAUAUGAAUCGUUCGAAUACAACAACUAGUAAUCAUAAUAAAAUUCCAACAUAUCUAAAUUCUGAAGUAAUGAAAAAUAAUUCUCUUGAUGAACAACAUCAUUAUACAAAUGAUCCUCGUUAUAAAUUAAUGCGUGCUUCGUAUCCAAAUACAAUGAAUAAUACUCCACCAUCAACAUGUCUUAUAAGACAAAGAAAUAAUCAAAAUACUACUUCAACAUUACUUAAUACACAACAACAACAACAAGUUGAUAUACUUACAGCAGCUUAUCAUAAUUAUCGAAGACGUUCAAGUGGAUUUUCAUCAACAACAAGUCAUGGCGGAGCAAGUGAUGAAGAAAGUGAUGAAUAUGUACCGCCAAGAAAAGAUUCCUCGACUUCAAAUGCAUCAAGUGGUUAUGAAUCAGGUUUAGCUACAGGUCGUCAAUCACCUCCAAUAUCAUCUAUUCGUACAGGCUCAGGUUCAUCAAUAACAUCCGAUGUAUCAUCAUCUUCAUGUUAUUAUAAUUCUAAAACUGCUAGAACUCUAAUAAAACAACGUUUAACACAAGUAAAUUCAAAUUCUAAUGAUAUUGAAAUGGAUGAUCGACAACAACCAUUAUUAAAUCCUGUUGGUGGUUAUGUUGAUGAUCUUAUGGAACGUAUACGUAAAAUGCCACCAAAAAAACGUUCAAAAUUUUAUCAAAUGCUUGAUGAAGAACGUUUGAAAGAUCUUAAUAAUAAUAAUCAAGGUGAACAUAGACAAAAUAAACAAAUUGAAUGUGAUGAUGAUAAUCAUAAUGAACAUAGAUCAAUGAAUUUACCAAUGCCACUUGUUGUUGCUGAAAUUCAUAGUGAUGAUGAUGAUGAUGAUGAUGAAGAUCGAACAUUAAUUGAAUUAUCAUCAAAUUCUUCAAUUAUAAAUGAAAAUAAUGAACAAGAUAAAUUAAAACAACAAUUUUUAGGUUUAAGUGAAAAAAAUUAUGAAGAACUUGUUUCAAUGGGUGUACCAUUAACAGUUUUAAAAGCUAUUGCUAUUCACAAUCAACAACAACAACAACAACAACAAACACAACUACAUAAUAAUAAUAAUGCUCAAUUAUCAAAUUUUUUAACAAAUAAAUGUACAGUUUCAUCAACAAAUUCUUCAGUAGAUAAUAAACAAUUAUUAAAUGCACGUACAAUACUUCGAAGAAUUUUACAACAACAAGAACAACAUGAACAACAACAACAACAACAACAUUCAACGAAUGAUAAAUCAUUACCUGAACCAAUGGAUUAUACAACAGAUGAAGAAGCUGGUAUUAUUGAAGAUGAUGAUGGUGAUGAUGAUGACGAUGAUGAACAUCAAUCAUCGUCAACAACACCACGUCAUAGAAAUAGUGUUCGAUCGAAUAGUCAUAAUCCUGUAACGGUUAUACUUAAUCCAAAUAAUAUUUCAUCAUUAUCACCAUUAACAUCUAUAUCACCAUCACCGGAUCAUACUAAUGUAGAUCAUCAAUCAAAUACAAAUUCACUUAAUCGACCAUCAAGUACACCUGCUGCUUUGGUUUCAUCUGCUUGUUCAGUUUAA